CGCACUUUGCAAUGUAGUGGUUAUUCAAUUGAUGUUUUUGUAAGUUUAGAAUGUGGUUGCAAACGAUGUCAACCUGGAAUGAUAGGGUUGAUGUCUGGUAACAGUUCGUUUGAACCAAGAGUACGGCUGGUGGGGUCGGUUCUUGAUAGAAGUACUAAACGACCCAUCGCACAAACUAGUGUCUAUUAUCUUGGAACAAAUAUUGCGAACACAAGUUUAAGUGGACGUUUUUAUCUUAAAAUCCCAAAAGGUGCGUCUCGAAUUACUGUUUCUGUGAAAGAUCAUUUCGCAAAUGCAUACUUCGAACGCACAAAAGUAAUACACGUAAAUCAACCAUUUGGAACCAUCUACGAAGAUAUAGUCAUGACAAAGAAGUCUCGUGACAGCGUUGUAGCGCAAUCAUCAACAGGUAUUCAGAAUGUUAAAAUAUUAGGCAAUGAUAUCGAGAUGUCCCUUGAUCAAUUAGGCUUUUAUUCUGAUGGGGUUAAAUACAAUGGAAGUGUAGGUGUUAGUGUAAAUUUUAUUGAUCCCCGUGAUCCAAAUGUAGAUCAACUUGUGCCAGGUGAUAUGGUGUUCACAAACGAGGAAGGUGAAGUUGAAGAUCUGAGAUCAUUUGGUAUGUGGCAGAUGGCGUUUGACGACACACAAGGCAAUGACGUAGGAGUCCAGGGAGAUGUUGGUAUUCAGGUAUCAGGAAACUACCUGGGUGCCACUGAUAGAACACCCGUUAAACUAUGGUCCAUGGAUCCGGACAGUGGAAGAUGGCAAUUUGAAAAUGAGUUGAGGGCGACAGAGUCAGGGAUAAAAGACACGCAUAUGAUGAAUACAUUUUUCUUUGGCAACAUAACUCUGCGUGGCAAUUUCGUUUAUAACUUUGACAGCCCAUCAGUGAAUUAUUGUUUCAUGAGGAUCGAAACGUAUACCGAUCCAACCUUAUCCAACGUCACAGACUGGACGCGUCAAAGAACGCCCGAAGCAAGAGUUGUGUCAGCUCAAUCUUUACGUAGAGAUGGCUCGGGCAUGUCAUUGACAGGCGCUGAAAGUUACAUCGGUGGAACAAAAAUAAAGACGAAUCGUAAUUGCAUAUUAACCACUUGUUCGGAAGAGCCUGGUAGUUCUGAAUUUAACGGUUUUGUAUUUGUAAAUGGCGAGGAAGGUCCGUUCUCAGCAUCACAUACGGUGGGCGGUGAAGCAAUCCCUGGUGCUGUGAUUGAAUUAGAUGAACAAAAUCGUACAAUCGGUACUACAGUAUCCCCUUUGACGUUGGACGGUCCAAUCUAUCAUAGUAGCCAAACUGAAUGUUUGAAUCAAUUAAGCUCCU